AUGAAAUCCUUCCUGAUCCUGUGCGCUCUGGUGGCUGUCUGCGCUGGUGGCGCAAUCCGCGAGAAGCGCGGCUACAGCAGCGGCUGGAGCGGUUACGGUGGAGGACUGAGCGGCGGCUGGAAUGGUGGGUACGGCGGUGGAUACGGCGGCGGAUACGGUGGUGGAUACAGCGGCGGAUACGGCGGUGGCUACUCCGCGCCUGCCGCGAAGGUCAUCGCCAUUAAUAAGGUGGUGAACGUACAACGCGAGGUCAGCGUACCGCAGGUGAUCCAUGUACGCAAGGUCAUCUCUGAGCCGCGUGUCAUCACUGUCAAGAAAGUUGUGCCAAUUUCUAAUGGUUACUCCGGUGGAUAUUCCGGUGGAUACUCUAGUGGUAACGGUGGAUACUCUGGUGGAUACUCUGGCGGUUACUCCAGCGGAUCUGGUUGGUGGUAG